AUGCUGCUACACCGUCUGUUCUAUCUUGUGGCUUUGCUUCUUAGCGUGGCAUGUGUCUGUGCGGCGGCUGAAGAUGCCACUGCUGCACAAAGGCUACGUUCUGAACCUGCUGUUGAUAGUAGUACUUGUGGUGGCCAUGAAAAAAAAGAAAGUGCUUGUAUUUCUGCUUUACCUGAACCUCCUUUACCAGCUGGACCUCCUGCAGCUCGACAUGAGCCUGAAGAGAGGGGUCAACCUGCCACUGAAAAUCUCGCUUCAGUUAAUCCUCCUGGUCCCGGCACUGGCGAGCAGAGAAGGGAUAGUGAUCCGCAUGUAUCUGAACAGCAUGGUCCAGAACUUCAAAAAGAAAAGGAACCAUUAAGUGGUCACAACAACGUACAAGGAGAGGCAACGGACACUCUUCGAAACAACCCAAAAGCACAGCCAUCAUUAUCAUCAUCUCUUGGGCAGCAAGCAUCCAGUGGGUCAAGUGGUCCUGAGGGCCAAACGAGAACGAAU